AAUAUGGAGAAGCCUGCUUUCGAUGACAGAUCAGAUGAUACAGCAGAUUUUGACGACAUUGAGGCGCUCAAUAUAGAUUCAAACAUCACAUCUACAGAAUCCGAGUUGUAUGAGAAAAUAUCUUUUAAAAACAAUUAA